AUGGUAUAUGGCCGUGUCAUGCAGGAACAGGCCGGCAGCACAGCCCACCAGCGGGAGAUGUUCCGGUUAUCCAGUACUGAUUGGCAUCAGUUUUUAGGGUUUGGUGCCCCGGGCCACCUAUCCAUAUUAGGCAAGCGCAAACAGGCCCCAUGGGAGGAUGAGGCCGAGGUCAGCCGCAUGGAAUGCCGGCACCAGCUGGCCACCAUGGAUCUGGAGGCCGCCGUGCAGCGCAUGACUGGGCAGCCUGACAUGCAGUUCUGGGGGGUGCAGGACCCGGUGAUGCAGGCCAUCCAGUGGGGGGAGAGCCCCGUGGUGGCAGUAAUGCCCACCAGCAGGGGGAAGAGCAUGCUGUUCAUGGUGCCUGCAUUUACUGCCCCUGGGGGCACCACCAUUAUCAUGGUUCUGCUCAUCGCAUUACAGGCCGAUAUGAUAAGACGAUGCCAGGAGCUCAGCAUAUCAUGUGUGCUAUGGGAGAGCCAGCGGCCCCCCAAUGCUGCAUCCAUCGUGUUAGUGACACCCAAAUCUACGGUCAGCCCCGAUUUCCAGACAUUUUUGAACCGGCUGCGGUGGACCCAGCGGUUGGACUGGAUCAUGAUCAACGAAUGCCAUGUGGUGUUGAAUUCCCAGCGCGAUUUCCGGCCCCAGAUGGCCUAG